AUGGAAGAGUAUUUGAAAAAUAUAUGGUAUGAUCCCCGACACCCAGGAUCUUUUGCUGGACCCUCCAAACUACUCCAAGUGGUUAGAAAAGAGGGAAAAUAUAAAAUUGGUUUACGUAAAAUUAAGAACUUUCUGCAAAAUCAAGACGCCUAUUCUUUACAGAAGAAAGUGAAAAGAAAAGGGUUUAAGAGAAGACGUGUCAUAGUACAGGGAAUAGAUUACCAGUGGGAGGCUGAUCUCGCCGAUGUUCAGAAUAUUUCCGAGUACAAUGACGGGGUUAAAUUUUUACUGGUAGUUGUUGACGUCUUUUCCCGUUUUCUUUGGGUGAGGACCUUACAUGAUAAGAAGGCUAAAUCUAUUAUAGAAGCCUUCAAAGACAUCUUAAGUGGAUCCAGACAACCCAAAGCCAUCAGAACUGACAAAGGAAGUGAAUUUUAUAACCGGUACCUUAAGCAGUACUUAAAAGGAAAAAACAUAAAAAUAUUUUAUGCAUUAAACGAAACGAAAGCAAAUUUUGCCGAAAGGUACAUACAGACUCUGAAGAAGAGACUUUAUCGGUAUUUCACACAUGAACAAAAAUACAAAUACUUAAACAUUCUGCAAGAUGUGGUUCAGUCCAUCAAUGAAACACCAAACCGCUCCCUGAACGGAAGAACACCGUCUUCAGUGAACAAAGAUAACGAGGAAGAGGUAAGACUUGAUGCUUACUUGGCUAGGAGAAAAACCAAAAAAGUAACGAUAGUAAAGAAAUCUUCCAAACGGAAACGAAAUCCCUAUACCUUAAAAGUGGGAGACCAAGUUCGCAUAACUCACCUGAGACGUCAGUUUCAACGCGACUAUGACCAGACUUACACUGAAGAAAUCUUCAUCGUCAGUGAUCGUUUCCUCUCACAAGGUAUACCUAUCUACAAAUUAAAGGAUAUGAUGGAUGAAGCAAUAUUGGGGAGUUUCUAUGCAAGUGAGCUACAGAAAGUUUCUAAAGAUGAAAACACAACUUGGAGAAUCGAAAAAGUCCUAAGGAAACGAAAAAUUCGAGGAAAAGAAGAGAUACUAGUUCGAUGGUUGGGUUGGCCAAAAAAAUUUGAUAGCUGGAUUUCGUCCAAGGAUAUAAAAAAGACAUGA